AAAAAGAGGGAGCAAGCGUCGCCUUAGCAACGGACAAGGUUUAGCUCCAUGUUAGCAUCGAGGUUUUUCUAAAACUGUUUUGAAUUUCUCUAAAAAAGUAAAAAAGACAACAUACAUUUCUAGUUCAGUAAGCGAAGCCGUGAUGGCGACAAGCAGCCCGUCGGUGUUUCUGCUCACGGUGAACGGACAGAUAGAGGGAGCCACCUUUCCAGAGUUUGACAACCUGUACUGCAAGUACUGCUUUGUCUACGGCCAUGACUGGGCCCCCACCUCGGGCCUGGAGGAAGGCAUCACCCAGAUAACCUGUAAAGGCAGUCAGUCCUCACACAAAUUAAUCUGGAACUUUCCACUGGAGACAACAUUUAAGAGCACAAACCCUUCUGGAUGGCCUCAGCUCGUGGUGAGUGUGUACGGUCCAGACGUGUUUGGCAACGACGUGGUCCGAGGCUACGGAGCAACCCACAUCCCCUUCACUCCCGGACAACACACACGAACUAUCCCCAUGUUUGUUCCUGAGCCCACAUGGAAGCUUCAGAAAUUCACAAGCUGGCUGUUGGGACGGAGGCCAGAGUACACAGACCCUAAAGUGGUGGCCCAGGGCGAAGGCAGAGAAGUGACUCGUGUUCGGUCCCAAGGCUUCGUCACAGUCUCCUUCCACAUCAUGACUAAAGACAUGAAGAAACUGGGUUACGACACAGGACCAUCAAGCCCCGCCCACACACAGUCGGUCACAUCUGGCUGGUCGACAGAGGAACAGCCGUACAGAAUGUAAAUAACACAACAGACUGUUUUUAGAGACGAUCGGCGGGGUUUGUUUUGUUCCCUUUGCUCUCAAGGACAUUUGAUCCCCACCACAACAAAAAAAACA